CAUAAGCUAAACCUCUUCUUGUCCGUGGCGUGACUAUAUCCAGCUCCUCGAUCUCUCGUCUGCGUAUUGUUUUUCAAAGCUCAGAGAUGGCUUUCAGCACCUCGUCUCUGGAGGACGACCUGCAGUGCCCAGUGUGCUGUGAGGUCUUCACCGACCCGGUGGUACUGGACUGCAGCCACAGCUUCUGCCGGUUCUGCCUGGAUGCAUACUGGAAGGACCAGCCCAACAGGCCGUGUCCUGUCUGCCGACGGCACUUCCCUGGGAGGACCCCUCCAGCAAACCUGGCCCUCAGGAACAUCGUGGAGGUCUACAACAGGGAGAAGGAGAGGGCAGGAUGCAAACAGAGCGAGAGAGGAAAUACGAAAGUGAGAGGAGGAGGAGGAUGUGAAGAACGAGGGAGGACAGAGAAAGGAGAGGAAGAGCAGGAAAGGGGUUGCUGCAGCCUGCAUGGGGAGAGGCUGCUCCUGUACUGUGAGGUGGAUCAGGAGCCCAUCUGUGUGGUGUGCCAGGUGGCAAAGAAACACAGCGGGCACCGCGUGAGCCCUGCGGAGGAGGCCGCCCAGAAGCUGAGGGAGGAAGUCAGAGCCUUCCUUAGUCCGCUCCGCGCCAGACUGGAGACAUUCAGCAGAGUGAAGCAGGAAUGCGUCAGAACGGCUCAGUACAUAGAGACACAGGAAAGUAAGACCCGGGCUCAAAUAGCACAGGCCUUUGAGGAGUUACAUCACUUCCUGCGCCUGGAGGAAAAUGCCAGGAUUGGCCAGCUGGAGGAGGAGGCGGAGCUGAAGAACAUGAUCAUGACGGAGAAGGUGAAGAACCUGACCAGGAAGACAGAGGCACUGAGAAACACCAUCAGUCAGGUGGAGAGAGAGCUGGAGGCCAGGGACUCCAUCUUCCUCCAGGCCUACAGCAAACACAAAGAAAGCCUCAGAGAGAAGCUGUCAGGGCCAGACCCGACUCUGGUGACAGGUGCUCUGAUCGACGUGGUGUUUCACCUGGGCAACCUCAAGUUUAAAGUGUGGGAGAAGAUGAAGGAGAAUGUGGAGUUCUGUCCAUUGAUCCUUGAUCCCAACACUGCCGCCCCGUGCCUCGCCCUCUCCGACGACCUGACCAGCGUCCGUGACGUGGGUCACCAGCCGGACGUCCCCGCAAACCCUGAGCGCUUCGACCAGUGUGUGUGUGUACUGGGGGCAGAGCCUCUGGGCCCUGGCACACACAUCUGGGAAGUGGAGGUUGGAGGGAGGGAGAAGUGGGACAUUGGGGUGGUGCAGGAGUCCUCCAGCAGGAUGGGGGUGCUGCAGGUACAACCCGCCAAUGGCUACUGGGUGCUGGCACUCCGAGAGGGAGGCAAGUACAGCGUCUCCAGCAGGCACGCCAGGGAGUUGAGUCUGAAGAGGAGGCUCAGCCGUGUCCGUGUUAUACUGGACUACAAGCAGGGGGAGCUGUCUUUCUACAACGCUGCAGACAAGGCCCUCAUAUACACUUUCAGGGACAGCUUCACUGAGAAACUGCUGCCGUUCUUUGCACCUGGCAUGACAAAUGGGACCAGCGGUUGUAAGACAAUAAAGGUCUCCCCGGCAACCAUUACAGUGACUGUAGAUCCCUGAUUUAAACUUUUUUGAUAUAUAUAUAUUUUUAAAUCAGUGCCAUGAGGGGUGAAAUAAUUGUUGUAUGUUAAUGUUAGAAAGGAGACAAACUCAACUGCCUAUUGUCAAGUGUGUAUAUUUCUCUGUUAACUAUUACUUAAUUAAUCGCAAUUUUUUAUCUAUUCUAAAUGUCCCUUCAUUUAUUCAUUUUUUCCAUAAUUUUAUUUUUAUUUUAAUGCCCUUAUCAACAUGAAAAAUUGGCUUGAAUUGGCAACAUGGAUUGGCUUGCUUUAUGCAAAUGUUUUAUUUAAUUGAAAACCAACAUUACCAAACAGGGCGGUACAAAAUAAAAUGAUAAAGU